AAGAUUUCGAUUUACAUCCCCAAAUGAACGGGAGGUCUCCCAAGUCUCCAUUUGUUGGUAAUUACCCCACGAUCCACCCAAAACCGCGUCCACAUGGAUCGCAAGCGCCCGCGCCCUCCCCAGCCGUCGCCGCCGCCGCCGGUGGCCUCCUCCGCCGCCUCCUCCUCCUCCUCCUCGGUGCUCGACGACGGGGACCUCCUCCGCGAGAUCCUCCUCCGCCUCGCCCACCCCACCUUCCUCGUCCGCGCCGCGCUCGUCUGCAGGCGCUGGCUCCGCCACGCCUCCGACCGGGCCUUCCUCCGCCGCUUCGCCGUCCUCCACCCGCCCCGCCUCCUCGGCUUUUACGUCGACAGCGCCAGCCUCCCGCGCCCGCGCUUCGUGCCCCUCCCCCACCCGCCCGAGCUCGCCGCCGUCGUCCGCCGCGGCAGCUUCGACCUGGGCACCGCCGCCGACCUCCACUUCCACCUCGGCACGGGGAUCUACUGCUGCCGGAACGGCCGCCUCCUCGUGUGCCACAGGGGCGGCGGCGAGUCCACGCUCCAGCUCCGCCGCCCGCUCCAUCCGGCGAGCGACGGGGCGGUCAUCUCCACCUUCCGCACGCCGCCUCGCCCUCUCCCGCCCAACCAGCGCCACACGCGGUAUAUCCUCCUCCCCGAGGACGGUGGCGAUGGCGAUGGCGAUGCCGUGGCGUGCACCGUGGUGACCCUGGUGAGCAGCGAGCGGGAGGUCUUCGCCAAGGUGGAGAAGAUCUUGCGAGCUGGGGUCUGGGACGUCGCGCAAACCUCGGCGCCCAUUGAGCUACCGGCGCACUGGAGGAGAUCAUUGAGCCGGGGUUUUCUUGUCAAUGGCAAGCUGUAUAUGUUGGGCACAACAGGGUACAUUCUUGGAUUGGAAUUGGUGUCCAUGAGCUUGUUCUUCAUCGAGGUCCCCGAUGCCGUGCGAGAUGACUGCCCUGAAAGCUUUCAGCUGAGCGUUAAGCUGUCGCAAGCGGAGAAAUCUGGGCUUUAUCUGAUCCAUGUGGAGGGGUUUAAGAUCCAUGUUUGGCUUCACGGAACAGAUGGAAACAGCUCUGCCGAUUGGAAUCUAGUAAAUACUAUUUGUUUGCGCGAGGUGUUUGGUCAUCUUGUGAAGCCUAGUUGGGAGUCAGGGGAUUCACGCAUUAGUCUGCCUGGGUCUGGGGACAACGCUGAGUUUGUGUUCUUGGAGGUGGAUGGUGAGGUCUUUUGCAUGGAUAUUAUCAGCAGGACAGUGGAGAAGGUGUAUGAGAUGGCAAUGAAGGAUGAUUUUCUAUUUGAGAUAUACCCCUUCAUGAUGGUUUGGCCACCAAUCUUCCCAGCAUUGAUCAAAACACAUGAACCAGAGUGAUUCGACAAGGUUUCCCUCGAGAUGAUUUGCAUAAUCAAGUGAUGAUAUAUGAUGAUUCUGCUACUUCUGUAGUGAGGUAAUUGUACAAAAUAAAAUUGAUGAAAAGUUUGAUAUCCAAGUUGAUUUACCUCAUGAUUGCCCAUACUGUUUAAACCAAAGGUCUUCUUUUCAAUGCCAUAAUCAUAAGUCGCAUGUCUUUUCUAAAAAUACGUAAUCCCAGCCUAUGCUACUGUUUCAAUGAUGAUAGGCAAAAUUUGCAUCCCACCCUCAAGCACUAGUGGAACAAUCGAUGUGAAGUUAAAAUCCCAUUUAUGUAGCUAGUAGGGAACAAUGCACUAAUAUGGUUCACCUAUAUAAAUGUCCAUUCUUGAGGGACUUUAGCUAGAAAUGAUAGUUAAUUUGUCAGAUUUUGAUGCUUUACUGUCUGUUACAAUCACCACAACAAAAAAUAUUUUGGCAUCAGCAUAUCUAAAUCACUAGAGAAACUCACUCGCAUUUUUGUUAGUCAUCAUUGUCAUGACUUUGUUACAAGGGAAAAAAAACUCUCAUGCUUGGUGGAGAUACAAUAAAUUAACUGGAGCAGGGCUGCUGGAGAACUAGAUAACAGCUUGUACAUAUCUGUAUUUCAAGACAUCUCUUACCUGAUUAUUGUGAGAAGUCAAUAGGAUAAAUGCAUAUUUUUGGUAUACGCACGAUGCAUUGUUUUAUCUGAAUAGAUUGGAACCGGUGAACUGUUAUGAGAAUCUCUUUGUUCAGAAAUAAAUCUGGACAGUAAACAUUUCCCCAUGGCUCAAGAAGGUGGUGGGCUUUAGUCAGGCGGCUCAGCGGCUGGGUGGCGCCUAAUGUCUAAUUGACGCCUAGGCGGUGCCUAGGUCAUCAACUAGUCAAAUCCAAGAAAUUAGCAAGCAUAUUACAUAAAAGUAUACUAUGUAACACUAAAAUAGCAACCAAACACCACCCAAAGUAGUUCAGCUGCCUAAUGCACCAUCUAAUGCCUAAUCAUGCUACCCGGUGCCUAGUGCCUAAUGGUCACCUAUCACCUACUUUUAGAACACUGAUUUUGCCACCAAAACAUACCUUUUUUAUUAUCAUUUUUACUUUUUUGUUUCUGUGUAUCUGUGCAAGUUACUGUCAUUUGCACUUUCUGUAACAUCAGGUGUGGUUGCACAAUUUAAUGCUAGGAUUCCAAGCAUGUUUCCUUGGUACAGGUCUCCAUAGGACUGCACUAGAAUUCUGUACUAUUACAACAUGAAUAUCUCCUUAAAAAGGAAUGACAUAAACAUUUUUUCUAGAUGAGGUGAUUUGCACUCAGUCUAUGGCAAUGGCAUUCAUCACCUUUGAACUCUUAUUAUUUAAUAGAAGUGUUCCAUAAUAAGUUGAGUUUCAGUUUGCUCCUAAAUCUUGGAAGUUAUCAGAGUAUUCAGAAUGUAAUAUGCCUGAAUUACUAAAGAAUUUAAGACAUUGUGCAAAACCAAUUCACAACCACAUACUUAAUAGUUUAAAAUUUUCCAAGUUCUAAGAGGAGCCCUGAGGAUGCGUGCACCAAGGCCAAGGCACAGGCGCCACAGUGCUAUGUUAUUUCCUAAAUUCCAUAUACUAUUUGUAAAUAAAGUUAAGAAUUGGCAACAAAGAGUUCACGUAAAGCACAUGCAAUUGUCAUGUUUAUCAAUCAAUUUGUAUUUAUGCUUAUUGCACGAAAAGGAUCCCUGAACAUUCGCACUAGACUCAAAUUGGUCCACCAACUACUAAAAUGUCCAAAGUAGUCCUCAAAGUUCCAAAUUUGGCUCGUUUUAUCCAUUACUGAUUUGACAGGGCACCAUGGCACUCUGAGUUAGUGUGGUCACUGUUUUCCUGAAUCACACAUAGCAAGAAGACUGAAUUGCUACUCCAAGCAAUUUAAUCACAAUCAUCAACACUGAUUAUUCCAAAAUUUCUAUAGAUGAUCACUAUCCAUCGAGUAAAUUGCUUGGAUGGCAAUUGGACUUCUAACAGUGCUGAGCAAGAAAACUCACUGUACAGGGUCAGCACUAUGGUGUCAGAGCAGCUCAGUAUACGGGCUGAAAUGAACCUGUUAAUUGAUGCUCUAGAGGCUAACGUUUUUCCGCUUUCAUAUUUGAGGAGGCAAUUUCGAUCUCAUGAAAUUGAGGGACCAUUUGGUGAUUCUUAUGUGUAUGCAUUGAUUAACUAUUGAGUGUUGACACCUGCAGCUUAAAUUUAUCUUAUAUCUUGAUUCAGUCUGGAGUAAAGUGGAUUCUAGUCUUGUUCUUGGAUUAUGGCUUUUAUAAUACCAUAUUACUGAUUACAGGAUUUAAAGUAAUUUUUCAUUUAAAAAGGUUACCAUUUUGCGAUAUUCAAUACUACCUUGUUAUGUGGCAUUUCUUUUUUAUGUUUAUAAUAUAUGGUUACAUACUAACAGAAUUAAUAUUACCUAAGUAUUUUUAAGGUUACAUGUUGACAAUAUAAUAUUUGAAGGAAAUCUAACAGUAUUUGGUGCCAGGCUGCCCGCAGGUUUGACUCUUUAACCUUCUAUUAUUUUUAAGGUUCUUGAUUAUACUGCUGCAUUAUUUGAGCUAUGAACGUUUUUUGCUACGUCUUCCUUGGCUGCAGACUCUUGCUCUUAUCUACAUAUACUAUAAUUUGUUUCUACUUGAUGAUUCAAUGUUCUUAACUAGAAAGUGUCUUCAAGAAUCGGUGUAAUUUAUUUUCUUUGAAACAAAAGACUUGAUGAACUUAUAAUACCAAAGCUUUUCAUUUAACCUUGAUAAUUGCCAUUUGUUUCAGUACCCGAGUCUCCAAUGAGCUUAGGUUCCGGUUGUCCAAGAGCUGUCAUGUUCGAUGUCAUUGUUGCCGUCAUUGAGUCGCUGAUGAUUGGCUGCUUUGCAUGGCUGUCGUGUUGAUUCUCGGAGAUCACUUCUCCAUCAUAUUCACUACUCACCAGCGAUGUGAAGCUGUGGCAGGCCGUUGCCAAGAUUGCAGGGCUUCUUGGUUUGACCAUGGUGCUCAACAGUGUGCAGCCUGUGGUGUCAGGCCACACGUGUUUCAACCUGCGUGCAAAAGUGGGGAGGCACAGAUGAAGCAAUCAAGCUUCUCUUAACGGGAAAUUAGUACUGGAAAUUUUACCCUUCUGUUCUGUCACUCUGCAAACCUGCUACACGUGUUUUAGGGCUCAUAUGAAAUUCUGAAUGAUAUUUUUUUUCUUGCCAUAGAAUUCGUUCGUGUUUUACAAUUUACUGUCAAGUUUGCUUCAAUUCCCAAUAUACACACCUGGGAGGACUUGUGCCUCUGAUGAUAA